GGAAUUAUAAGUUAGGAGUAAGGAAAAAUGGUAUUUUUCGAGAAGGGGAAGUAGAGGAAGAAUUUGAUAAUUAUAACAACCGUAUUGGGUAUAGGCAAAAUGUUUUUGGUCAACUUCAGGGGACAAAUGGGAACGUGGGUCCAUUACAAGAACUUAGAGCUGUUGGCACAGAGAUGAAUAGAGGAUUUUCUCCAGAGGCUUAUGAAAUGACGCCGUUUCAAUUACAGGAUAUCUGGCAAGAGGCAGUUAAGAUUUACUAUACUUAUUACCAAAACCACCUGCAUGAACUUCCGGAUGGAGUUACUGGUGUUGAGGAUAUUGACAUUAAUGAAUUAGAAAAACCUAAUAUUUUUACUUUUAUCGGAGGGGAUGGAGACAGAGUUGGUGUUGAUUCAGCAGUCGUUGAACAUAUUAGAACAAAUCCAGCCUUUCCUCAAGUUGCUGAUACCUCUUCGACGGGCGAUUCUCAUACUACUUCUAAUCAGCAAACUCCACCCCCUCCCCCUCACCAGCAACCAACCAUAAUCAGAGAUUUAACUUUUACUAUUGAUAGUGUGGGUCCGGGCUAUAAUGGUAAUCCUCAUUAUAUCACUUUGUCGGCUCCGUUAGUGGUGGAAGAUGUCGAUAUUUAUCUUAUUUUUAUUCAGUCCAAUGACCCACUUCUGCAAGACGGUAAUCGGGUAAUUAUUCGGGAUGUCUCAUUUGGUCCGGGUCAGGCCGAAGUGGAUCACUUUGCUCAUGAUAUUAGUAUUAAAACUUUUUUUCGCACUAUUGACUUAGUGUCGACUACUUCUCCCCCAGGUGGCGGCAUCAGCACGCCCAAUAAUCCUCCACCUCCCCCAUCCUUUCCUGACGUCGUGAAAAAAAAUCAUGAUUUGAUUAAUGAAGAAAAUA